AUGCAUGUUGCUCAAUGUGGGGUGCCAGCACCAGAAGAUUUAGUCGACCAUGACGAGUUCUAUUCGAUAAACCUCCCGGAACUAUUGACUUGGCAAGAACUUCAGCAGAAAUCAUUUCUGAAAUCCAGUCCAACGACGUCAGCGUGUUUCCCGGAGUUUCAAAUGAUACGAACGAAUGAAGCCGUCAAUUUUGCCCGCGAACAUAAACUCAGCAAGGUACUAGACGGGAUUCCGGGGUACUUAUAUUUCAUGAGCCACAUCCACGCGACUGAAGAUACCGAUUCCAAAGGUAAACUUCCUCACCGAAGAAAAUGCAUCCACGACCUCAACUCUGUCAUCACGCUGGAGUAUCAUGGCGGGAGGUCUUGCUUAUUUCCGGAAGACGGAAGCUACCGACCCUGCACCACGAGGAUUAUAAACGGGAACGUGAUGCAAUCAUUUCACUACAGGUCCAAGUGCACGAGCACUUCUGGAGAUUUGGGCAUCCUGUUCUUUCCUUGCGACUUGACCCGUGCCAAAUACGACUCGCUUGCCAUCAGGAACAACGCCGAAACAGUGCGUCAUUUGCUGGAAUCUUACGAAAACAUACCAGAUGCCGUUUUUGACUUGAGUCAGUCCUCUGGAAAACCUUCUCGGUCGAGUCUGAAAUUUCCAACACUUUAUGACAUUCAUAUCAGCAACAAAAUGUAUCAGGUUUCCGAAACAGAAGUUUGUACGAUCUUGAUUAAAACGUGUCAUCUGGACGAAAGAGAACCAACGGGGCCCGUCGUCAGAUGCGUCACUUCAGUCGAAUUCAAGGCGGAAUUCCACGCGGAA